AUGAGACCGCAAUGUUGCUCAACUAACAACUGGCGGCCUAGACAAUCAGCAAGACGGAAGAGCCUCAGCUCCACUGCCUCGGUCAACUACCGACCAUCAAUCACCCCCAAGUUCAUGUCCGGACUCAACCAGGUCCUCGUCACCAACUUCACUGCCAAAAGUACUAACCCUGCCGAGAGCUUUCCCACCUCUGAUCCGGCAAACAAGCCAACUAUCCAAAACCCCCUCUCAUCCAACCCCGCCUCGCGACCCCCGUCACCUCUGAUCUCUAGCCAAUCGGACCGUUCGUCCGUCCUCCCUCCACCGGCUCUACCACUAAGCACCGAGACGGCCGGGAAUACAUCGCCAUUGCCCAUCACCGUCACAGGCCUCUCAAGCCUAAGACUCGCCGCUGGACCCCCCUCUGUACUGCAGGAAAACAGCUCCCCCUCCCGAUCCCGCUCGUUAGACCGAUUUCCACUCGAUGCUUACGCCAAGGUUCCCAAAGCGGAAUACGCUUCCGUCACCCGAUCUCCGUCUUCUGUUAUCGCAAUCGUUGCUGAACCCCCAGCUAGUUCUUCUAUUGAUGUAGUCUCCUCUAGUGAGAUCAUUGUGACAACUGAAGAUCCAACUUUGACCUCAUCCUUGCUUGAUCCUCUUACACAAGCUGCUACCUUGGACACCCCUGACUCUAACAAACCAAUCAUUGAACCUUCAUCCCGAGGGGCCACCCAGAUCUAUCAUCCAAUCAACAUUGUUGCACCCACCCCAUCGUCUCUGAUUGAUUCUAGCCCAGACCUCAUGCCUUCCACCGCAACUCCUACUUCUUCAAACUCCAACAACCAUCAGCUCGCUACCACUACCAUCUCUAAUACCGAUAAAAUAACUGGUCCAACCUUGCCUUCCCCCCUGAACCCAAAAACUGAUCUAACAAACAACUGCUCAUCACCAAUCCAACCAACUAUGCAAGCCUGUACAGAAGGCUUGGAGGCAACUGAAGUAGGACCCCUAGCUUUUGAGAAUGAAGAAAGUGUUUCUAUGGACACCCAAAUUGCUCCAGAAUAUUCAUCUUCAACUCUAGAAUACUACAAGGACAUUGACAAUUACCUUGAGACUUCUGGUGUGAAUGAGAUUAAGAAAAAGAAAAAGAAGAAGAAGAAGACCAAAAAUUCUGGAUCCAACUCCUCCUUGCCAUCACCACCUCUUUUCCUACCAACCGCUGCUGUAGGAUCCCUCACUGUGAUGGAUGAAAAUGCCGUGGCCGCCCUGGAAAGACAAAAUGACCCCCGCUACCGCCCAAUUGAAGAUUCAGAGUUUGUACCAUUUGAAGACUGGUGA